AUGCCUUAUGGAAGACCAGUAUCACGCCGGCGUCGCAGAAGGUUUCAAGGGACAGAUCAGGCGUCGGUAAUACCAGUGGUGAAGCGAGAGGCGAAGGAAACGACUCAGCAUGCCUCAACGGGGUCAGAAACUUCUGCUUCGCCCCACGAAGCUCCUCGUCACUGUAACCGACAGGGUGCAAUUUCAUCGGCAACGACAAUACCGGUAGCAGUGCCUUCACCUGAUCUGCUGCGUGCUGGCCACAAGGCCGGGGUGUGGCCGCUGCGAGAACGUCUCCUACUUGCCUCCGCCCUCCUCGAUACCGACAAUCAGCAGCUCACUUGGCCGCCCAUCUCUAGACGCCUGGCCAAGUUCACUCCACCCCCUAGCUGUGGAUUCGUCAGACCUCCAACUUGGUGUUCAGCCAGGGCUUGUGCCAAGCAAUAUUCCUUACUCCUUGAUUCUGCUGAGAUGUUUCGAAAACAGCAGGUGGACGUGGAGAGAAGUGCGGAAGAAGGUCGGGUGGUGUUCCAGGCACCAAGCGACGUGGCUGCUGCCACUGCCACUGUCGGUUUGAGCCUCGCCGAGUUCAUUGUUAAACGCCUCACUGUGGAACGUGUUGAGGAGUUGCGUAGUCAGAUAAUCUCUGCUCGUCAGAAGUACAGGCUUUUUAAAGAGAUGCUGGAAAAGGUGGAGAGCGGCAAGUUUGAUAGCUGCAUUGACACCAUUUGGGAUAUCGUUCAACGUCAACAAGAGGAGCAUUUCGCUUCUGGAUCUUCCGAACUCCCCGCAGAUACGCCUCCUGAGGUCGUUGAAUUUGUCCGCGAUUUGAACAGCUGGACGGAUCCAUUUGACGUCCCUUCCUCCGUGUGGAUGGUUGCUGGUGGUAGUGGCGCCGCUCUCCGUAGCGUUCCUUCCAUCGCUAAGGUUACCACCCCAAAGAAAAUGCCUCCAGUCACCAGCAAACCGAAGUCCCCUCCGGAGAGAAGGCCCAGUGAUUCAAGUCGAAACUCGACCGCAGAGGCUGCUGAAGGCGAAGGAGGUGAUGCAAGCUGUGACAGAACCUCGACACCUUCGACGAGUGUCAUGUCAGAGUCAGAUCUUGAGUAUGGUGAGGACACGUUGAAAGCUGAAAGUCCAGAUUCUGGCGGGCUGGAUGAGAAGGAGGAAGAAGAGGAGUCAACAAUACCUCUUCUUUCCUCCAGUGGUGGAAGCCCCAAGCCAAAACUCAAGGCUACCAGUUCACCUGAUGUUCAGUAA